CAGCUCCACAAUAUCUCAUAAUAUUUCCAAAAUGAAAAAACUCAUAUUUUCUCACUUCACCAAAUUUAUGGUAACGUUUUUAAUAAUAUUUCUCCAAAUGGCUGGAUCCUAUGGGGUAAAUCAUAUCCCUUCCCAUCACCACGCCCCUCCACCACACCCCCUCGACCCGUUAACCCCCUCCGAAAUAAGGCUAGCCUCCUCCCUCAUCAAAGCCCACUUCGUCUCCACCCCCACCCUCUACUUCUCCACCAUAACCCUAAAAGAGCCCCUCAAAUCGGUCCUCCUCCCCUCCUUCUUGGACGACACUGACCCACCUUUCGUCACCCGGACCGCAUUCGCCAACGUUAUCGACCCCGUGACCCAAACCGGGUAUGAAGUCCUGGUCGACCUGACCCGAAAAAAAGUCACCAGUCUGAUCAAACUUGACCCAGGAACGCAGCCAAUGUACACCAUGAACGAGGACCCCGACAUCAACGCGGUCGUUUUGGCAGAUCCCCAGGUCCAGUUGAGAUUGGCGGCUGUCGGGCUACAAAAUUUGUCCCUGGUCGUCCCGCUUUAUUGGGAUUUUGGAUAUGCCGGAGAUCGUCCGGAAUACUUAGGGAGAAGAGUGGUCCAAGUUUUCUUCAGUUUUCAGAACGUUCCAAACGAUAACAACUACGCCCACCCCCUCGGUUUUGUCGCCAUCGUGGACACCUUAGCCCAGAAAAUGCUCGCCAUCGAAGACCUCCCCACCCAAUUAGGGUUCGAAACUAGCCAAGCCCCCUUCGGCGACACUAGCGCCACUUUCACCAUGGCGAACUAUGACCCCACCCUACUCCCGGCUUCCUUCUUCCGGAAGGAUAUCCGACCCAUCGCAAUAACUCAGAAGAGCGGUGCCAGCUACAAGGUCAAAGGUUAUCAGGUGGAGUGGCAAAAAUUCAAAUUCCGCGUCGGAUUUAACGCCCGCGAAGGUCUCGUCCUGUACAACAUCAACUAUAACGACAAGGGUCACGUGCGACCAUUAAUUUACAGAGCAUCGUUAUCUGAACUUUUUGUCCCUUAUGGCGACCCUAGACCGCCAUACCACCGGAAAAUGGUAACCAUUCAUACCUGCCGCUGUGAAAAAAAAUUAAAUUAUGGCACAACUUGAUAAAUGAAGGAGAAAACAAAUCCAACUGAUUUCAAAAGAUUUAGGCUUUAUUCACCAAGCGACGCGUUUCGCAAUAUAAAACAGCUUCAUCAGGCUAUAAAGUUACAAAUUAAUGAAUUAAUAAUACAUAAAAUAAAAUAAAUAAAUUGUUACGAGCCAUUAAGAUUUUUCAAAAAAUGAGACUAUUAUAGUUUACAAUUAUUUUACCUAUUGGGUGAUUUAUUAAAAUAUCUGUAGUUUGCAGCAGUGUGACCGUGGUUGUUGAAGGUCAAUUCUUAAAUGUCAAAUUAUUUUGUGAGUGGUUUACAAUACUUUUCUAGCGAGUUUAUCUUUUUAAAUGACAUUAUUAAAUUAAGAUUAUGAACAA